CCAUGGAAAAUACGGGAAAACUGGUUCAUUUUCGCUGCCAACUAAACAAACCUCGAUGUGCUCCCUUAUUAUUUGGAAUAUUUCCAAGGCACUGGAAAAUAAUCCGAGUAUAGAUUUAACGCGUGCGAUACGUUCGGCGCACGAGCGUCUCGAGCUCGAGUCACGCGACGAAAGCAAGAUGAUGUCACAGGCGCCGGGGGACCGACAUAUGACCUGCGCGCUGCUGGCUUGGCACCAACUGGGGCACUCUGGCGUUGACGGGCUCUGCGAAUUUAUCGAAGAGAACCGCCACAAACCAGUGUGCAGUACCCCCGAUGAAUCCUCAAAUAAUUUUGAUAUUGAAAGAGUCAACAAAUCAGAUCCUUUUCGAACAUCAAUCAAAGUAGAACAUAAGAGUUCGAAGAAUAAUAAAGACGUUGACUCACAGAUUUUUGACACGCAGUCUCUAAUGGGGCCUGUCGUGAAGUUGCCAGUGGAAACGAUCGUGAUGCGAUUUACGCCAGCACCGCCGUGUCAACAUCAUUUGAAAAAAACACAAAAAACCCAAAAUGACGCCAAGUCGCUGAAAUGUCAAAAUAACAUAAAAAAUAAAAUAGACGCUGCCUGUUGUAUGGAUUCGGCGUGCCUACAACGCCUGUCUGAGUUAGACACUGCUGUCAACGAGCUAAGGUCACGGGCAACGAAACUGGCGCGACGAGAAGCAGAUCGAGUGGAAUUGUUGGAACGCGCUGAGGCUGCCUGGAAAGAUCUGGAGAUGGGCUUUCAGCGUCGAUUAUCUCUUGCCGAGGAGAAAGAAGAUGAUAUGGCUAAACAGAUUAAGAAAAGUAUUGAAGAACGAAACUCAUAUAAAAAUAUCAGUACAAAUUUAGCUGAAACAUUAAAGGAACGUGGAGACGCAGCGCAGCAGGAAAGAGAACGUCUUCGAGUUUUUGAGAAAGAAGUGUGCGAUCGAGCGUGUGUUCGGUUGCAAUUAAGCGAAGAGUCAGCGAAAGGAGAUGCCGCUCUGGCAGAGCAGUUAUGUCGGGCGUCGCAGUUGGAUAGGGACCUUCAAUUUAAAGAAGAGCAAGCUCGUAGAAAAGUGACAAGCCUACAGAGUGAGUUGGAGUCAUCUCAAUGCUUGACUUAUGAGGCUGAACGUGCAAUGCGUUUUGAGCUGUCUGCGUUAAAAGAGCAAAUAACAGAAGUGUCAAAGAAUUUGUUGGCAGUGGAAGACAACAAUAAUUCCAUUAAAGUUGAGCUUGACAACUUUAGACAAGAAAAAGCAAACAUCAUAGAAGAUUUAGAUGGUUGCAAAGACAUCUGUGAAAGUCGCAUGAAGGGACGAAUAGAUGAGCUGAAUCAAAAGAGAGAACUGUUAAAGGAACUUAAGGAAAGAGUUAUGGAAUGUCAGUGCAAGCGGCCUCAAGAUGUCGCCGUAGAGGUCAAACGGACUCCAUCUCUUGCAGCAUUAUGUCAUUGUACCCCAGAAGAUAAGCUUUUGGAUUCCUGUUCGUGUACAUCUUUACGAAGUCAACUUCUGUCGAAUCUUUUAUCCGAUUUAUUUGGAGGGUUGCAAACAGAGAUGGGCGCGUCUGGUUUGCUGAUGCCAUGUGGUCUGUUGUUGUGUUUAGAUGAUCGUCACAACUGGGACCGCGCCUCGGUUGUCAAAUCAAGCCUGCGCAAUUUCUUUGCGCAAUUACUCGUCGGCGAACUAGACAUUGCGAUCGCAACUUCCAUUGAAAAGUAUCAUGCAAAAUGGGUGGGAGCAUCUUGCGCAGACACAGCAAGAUUGAUACCAGAUCCCGGGGAAGAUGAGAACGAAGGCUGGGAGCAGCGGGCAAUAGAGCGCCGUGCGUAUAAGCUAGCAACAAAGCUAGCAGAGCAAUUAUUUGAGGAUAGAGCCGAGGAACUUAAGCAAAAAGCGAAAGACAUCGUGUCUAGUGGGCCACCACCGUGUGCAUGUGAACGACAUCAACGUAGUCCGGCGGUGUUUCCUUGCCUUGUGAAGACACCUGUUACCAAAACUGCGCAUAAGUAUGGCGAAGUAGCUCCAUCAUAUAUGAGACGCGCAAUACAAGAUGUGUCUUGCCUUAAACAUCAACUCCAGGACUUGAAAAAGAAGGUGGAUCAUAGUCCUACAACAAGCAAAGCUGUAAAGUGUCCAGAAAGUGAUAAAACUGUACCCCAUGAUGGACUAUUCCAUUGCAUAAAAGCUGAUACAUGUAAAUGUAAAGGUUCCGUAUUAAGUGGGCCAACUCAAGAAUCUAAAUUAAAUAAAUAUGUCCCAUCUAAUAUCAAGAACAAAUCACAAGUAUAUUCAGGAGAAGUAGAUAAAGCACAGUUUGAAUGCAUUGAAACCGAAACAUAUGUUUUAGAUCACCAAAACAAAAAUAGUAGAAAUUGCCAAGGAGUAAGUGAAGAUUUUAUUCAAGAUUUAGUCCGAAAAUCACAAUUGUUUCCAAAUAGUUGUGAUUAUUUGGUAAAGUUUUUAGGUGUUACUCUUACAAAUACAAGUUCACUCAAUGAAUCAAAGCAAAACCAUGACGAUAAUAUAUUGAAUACAUUUUCUAAAGAACCAAAUGAUCAAAAAAGUAUGAAAGAACUAUCCUUUAAAGUAAAUAUGAAAGAUAAUAAUAAAAGUUCAAAGUGUUAUUAUAGUUUAGAGAACUGUGUAGAUAAAGAUGUAAAUUUAGAAAAAACUGAAAGUAACAUAAAUACAAGUAAAUUACGUAAUGAAAACGACGAUGUCUGCGUUUGUUGUAAAAACAACGCAUCUUUGGAAACUUCAAAAGAUUUAGAGUUAAAUGCUUUUAACCUAUUAGAAGAACAUAUAAAAAAGAAAUUAGGAGAGUGUUUGCAAUCUUCCAGUAAAUCUUCUUGUAUAACAUCUGAGGAAGAAAAUGAAUUGUUUAAUACGAUACUCAUGAAAGUGAAAGAAGUCAUUUCAGAGAGUACUAAAGGUUUGAUUUGCAAACAUUGUGAGGAAAGCACUAAUCAAGGAAGUUGGUCAAGAGCGUAUGGCAUGUUACAAGAAUAUUUAAAAGUAAAAAUUAAACGUGUUCAAUGUUCAUGUGUAUCAAGUGAAGGACACGUAGAAUCUAUUCUACCAUCCAUUUUAAAAAAGGUUAGUGAUUUAAUAGAAAAUGAUUUUCAGAGGUUAAAAAAAAAGUGUAAGAAUGCCAUUGAUGAUAAAAAAAAUACAGAGAAGAUUGCCGAGGAUAAAAUAUUUUGCAACGAAAUGAUGAUCACGAAAGAAAAUGGAAAAGAAAAAGAUUCUUGUCUACAUCUUGAUAAAUCAUGCAAAGUGUUUGACAGCGUUUCAACUAAUUUAAGUACAGCAGAGAAAGAAGUUUCCUGUGAAUUUAAAAUAUAUGGUAUGGAUUGUAACUGUAAACAUAAGCCUGCAGAGUCAUCUGAUUUAGACAAAGAUUUAAUUGUUAAUCAAUAUACUGAGUUAAUAUCAAUAAACGACAAUGCCAUUAAAGAUAUUUUAAGCACAGCUGAAAUGGAAGGAAUUGGAAAGCAAAAAAUUGACGAUAGUGAUAAAAAUAAUAAAAGAAGCAAGCCGAACGUUAUAUCAAAAUUAUUUAUAUGCUGGGUGUUUCCUGUGCUUUUUAAAGGAAACAGGAGAGAUGUUGAAGAAGAUGACCUUAUUAUUCCAAAUAAACCGUAUGACUCUGAUAGACUUGGUGAGAAACUUCAAAGAUACUGGUUAGAUGAAUACCAGAAAGCUAUGCAUAAGAAUCGGAAGCCGUCGUUAUGGAAUGCACUAAUAAAAGCUUAUUGGUUGUCGUACAUGCCAGGAGCAAUUCUUCUUUUGAUAAACGCUACGGCAAGAACUAUACAACCAUUACUGUUCUCCGAGCUAUUGACAUAUUGGUCAGCUAAUCCUGCUCAUACGAUAACCCGAAGAGAGGCUGGUUUUUAUGCUAUCGGCAUGUUAGUACUAAAUAUUAUUAGUGCCUUUUCUCAUCACCAUAAUAGCUUGUUUGUUAACCGAUUCAGUUUAAAAAUGAAGAUAGCUUGCUCUUCUCUAAUAUACAGAAAGGUACUCCGUAUGAGCCAGUUAUCUAUUGGCGAAGUUGCAGCUGGAAAACUGGUGAAUUUAUUGUCAAACGAUGUAGCUCGCUUUGACAUGGCAUUUAUGUUUUUGCAUUACUUGUGGCUAGUGCCGUUGCAGCUAACGUUUGUAUUAUACUUCCUGUAUGACGCUGCAGGGUAUGCCCCAUUUGUUGGUCUCUUCUCUGUUAUUAUUUUAGUACUACCGAUACAAGCUGCUCUUACGAAACUCACGGCUGUAAUAAGACGAGUAGUUGCGCAAAGAACCGACAAGCGAAUCAAGUUGAUGGGCGAAAUUAUCAAUGGAAUUCAGGUGAUUAAAAUGUACGCCUGGGAAAAAUCUUUUGAGAAAGUUGUGAAGAUUGUCAGAGCUUUCGAACUAGCGGCCCUAAGGAAAUCUAUAUUUGUGCGCAGCGUGUUUUUGGGUUUCAUGAUGUACGCUGAGAGAAGCACUUUAUUUAUUACAUCGUUGACUAUUAUUCUCUCAGGGACGUUGCUAAGAGCUGAUCUGAUUUACCCAGUCAAAGUAUUUUUAGGAAUCGUGCAGAUAAAUUUGACGUUUAUUUUACCGCUAGCUAUAGCCAGUUUAUCUGAGUUAAAUGUGUCUUUAGGACGUAUACAGAAAGUACUUGUAAUGGAUGAAAGGGAAGAUUUAUCAUUGAUAAGUGCUAAUGAACCUCUAAUUCCUGUAACAUUUAAUGGCAAACCAUCAACAUUAGCAACAAACUCCAUAGUGGUGAGGAAAUAUUCUACUACGGAAAAGCUUUCCAGAUCUUCGAUUGUAUUGAGCGAAUAUGUUGUGGAGCUGUCCGGUGCCUGCGCUUCUUGGACAAAAUCAAAUGAAGAAAUGACUCUUAAAGAUAUCACAAUGAACAUACGGAACGGCAAAUUGUGUGCUAUUGUCGGGUCUGUUGGUUCUGGAAAAUCUUCCUUACUUCAAGUACUUCUUCGUGAACUGCCCCUCAGUAGCGGCAACUUAAAUGUAAAAGGGAGCUUGUCAUAUGCCUGCCAAGAGUCAUGGCUAUUCCCCUCGACUGUGCGUGACAACAUACUCUUUGGACUGCCUUAUGAAGUAGAGAGGUACAAGGAGGUGUGUCGCGUGUGCUGUUUGACGCCAGAUUUCAAGCAAUUUCCAUACGGCGAUCUUUCGCUGGUGGGAGAGCGUGGCGUAUCAUUAUCAGGGGGACAAAAAGCUAGAAUUAACUUAGCUCGAGCUGUCUAUAGAGAAGCAGACAUAUACUUAUUAGAUGACCCAUUAUCGGCGGUUGACGCGAAUGUCGGGAGGCUAUUAUUUGAAAGAUGUAUACAGGAGUAUUUAAGCGGACGGACGAGAGUCCUUGUUACGCAUCAAGUACACUUCCUCAAGUCUGCGGAUUUCAUUGUUGUUCUGAAAGAAGGUUCAAUAAAAAAUAUGGGCUCAUAUGACGACUUGGUAAAAUCGGAAGUGGAAUUCUCGUCGUUAGUUUCAGACGAAAGUCAUGAAGACAGAAAAACUGAAAAGGAUAACAAACCAAUAUUACAACAUGCGGUAUCGAAAGUAUCGGUCAGAAGUACCGAAAACCCGGCAGAAGAAAAGGCACAAGUUCAGGCUGCAGAGGAAAGGGCUAAAGGGAACCUGGAGUGGGGGGUCAUAAAGCGUUAUUUAGAGUCUGUAAAUUCGUGGCUUAUUGUAUUUUUGGCUAUAUUUGCAGUAUUAGUUACUCAGUUUGGAGCGACGUUUUCAGACUACUGGCUGAGUUAUUGGACGAAUGAAGUUGACAAGUACGAGCAGUCACUACCACCUGAUGUAUACCCUGAUACGAGUUUGGGCACAAAAAUGGGACAUUUAACCACAGGGCAGUACCUUUGGAUUUUUGGUGGUGCGGUGCUUUUCAUAAUAAUCAUGACCCACGUACGAAUAGCUGGUUUUGUUAUGAUGACGAUGCGUGCCUCGCAAAACCUUCAUGACGUGAUGUUUACGAAUUUGAUUGCAGCCGUAAUGCGGUUUUUCAAUACCAACCCCUCAGGUCGCGUACUUAAUAGAUUUUCCAAGGAUAUGGGCGCUAUGGAUGAAAUUUUACCACGUAGUAUAUUAGAGUCAUUACAAAUGUACUUAUUCGUAGCGAGUGUGCUGGUAUUGAAUGCACUAGCACUUCCUUGGACAUUAAUACCGACUGCAAUAUUAUUAGUUAUCUUUGUUUUUCUACUUAAAUGGUUUUUAAAUGCUGCACAGGCUGUGAAGAGAUUGGAAAGUACCACUAAAAGUCCUGUAUUUGGUAUGAUUAAUUCAACUAUUGCUGGAUUGUCUACAGUUAGAAGUUCUAAUUCUCAAUACAGGUUGCUUAGGAUGUUUGAUGAUGCUCAGGACAUCAAUACGAGCGCUUUUUACACGUUUUUAGGAGGUUCCUCAUGUUUUGGUUUAUACUUGGAUGUAUUAUGUCUCAUAUAUCUUGGAAUCAUAUUGGCCGUUUUUAUUUUUAUUGAUUUCGGGGGUUUGGUCGAGGUGGGCAGCGUGGGCCUAGCCGUAAGCCAGUCUUUGGCACUCACCAUGAUUUUGCAAAUGGCGGCGAGAGUCACUGCAGAAUUACUCGCUCAAAUGACUUCUGUUGAAAGAGUGCUCGAGUAUUCAAGACUUCCUGCUGAGGAAAACAUGGAAACUGGAGAUACUCGCCCACCGCAGAGCUGGCCAUCCGAUGGGCAGGUGCAAUUCGAAAACGUCAGUCUCAAGUAUGGUGCAGAAGAUCCUCCGGUUCUCAAAAAUUUAAACUUUACAAUACAAAGUGGAUGGAAGGUUGGCAUUGUAGGAAGGACAGGAGCUGGAAAAUCUUCACUGAUUUCGGCUCUCUUCAGAUUGUCGAUUGUCGAAGGAAGUAUAAAGAUUGAUGGUGUUGAAACCAUUGGUAUACCUAAGAAGCUAUUGAGAUCCAAGAUAUCUAUUAUUCCUCAAGAUCCCAUACUGUUUUCUGCAACACUGCGUUACAACUUGGAUCCAUUUGAUCACUAUAGUGAUGAUGAAAUUUGGAGAGCUUUAGAACAAGUAGAACUAAAAGACGCAGUGACGUCACUCGAUUACAAUGUCUCGGAAGGCGGAGCCAAUUUCUCCGCAGGACAGCGUCAGUUGGUCUGCCUCGCGCGUGCAGUACUCCGCUCCAAUAAAAUUCUCGUGAUGGACGAGGCGACAGCUAACGUAGACCCCCAGACUGACAGCUUAAUCCAAACUACCAUUCGUCGGCAGUUUGCAUCGUGCACAGUAUUAACCAUAGCGCAUCGCCUCAACACCAUCAUGGACUCAGAUCGUAUUCUUGUCAUGAACAGAGGAGAGGUGGCUGAGUUCGAUCACCCGCAUGUAUUGCUGUCGGAUCCUAAUAGUUUACUCAGCUUCAUGGUUAGGGAGACAGGGACCAGCUUGAGUGGUGCCCUGUUUAAGACUGCGAAAGACAAGUAUUUUAGCGAAAAUGAAGAGAUCUUGAAAGAUAAAUAAUAUAUUUCUUUUAUUUUACUAUAUCAUCGUUGUUUGUACUUCGUAUUAUCAAUUAGGA